ACGGAAUACGAACGUCUGGUACUUUCUCAUCACUUCCGGGUGAACGGGAUGUUGUGAUUAUCCGCAGGCUAACGUGUUCACAAAAGUAUGUAAAAUAUUUCAGGUUAUGUUUGUUGAAUCUUAAUGAAGACAAAUGUCUGCAUCUUCUGAACCGGGGGUAUCAAAAGCAAAGGAUUUAAAUCCAACGACGCUCUCGGCGGGUAAAGUUGUGACAGCGGCGGCGUUAGUUGCUCAGGCCCGGAGCAAAAAGCGACCCAUCAGUCCAGCGACCCACACAACCCCGCAGCCAAAUAAUAACAGCAGCAAAAAGAAAAAAACACAACCUGCGACGUCAACUACUCCGGCUCAGGUUGCUCCUGUGGAGUCGACUUCUGAAGGGAAACUAGUGGGAGCUGUUGAUGUAGAGACUUCUACCAAAUGUCUUCAUUUUAAAAACCCCAACUUUGUGCACUCAGGUAUUGGUGGAGCAGCAGCAGGAAAGAAGAAUCGGACGUGGAAGAAUCUGAAGCAGAUUUUAGCAGCAGAGAAAGCACUGCCCUGGAAUAUAAAUGAUCCUAACUACUGCAACAUAGAUGCACCUCCUUCUAUGAAACCUGCUAAAAAGUACUCUGACAUAUCAGGUCUGCCGGCAAACUAUACUGACCCUCAGACUAAACUGCGCUUUGCAUCGACAGAGGAGUUUUCCUACAUCCGACAGUUGCCCACAGAUGUGGUGACUGGAUACCUGGCUCUCCGUAAAGCCACCUGCAUUGUCCCAUGAGAGAGAAUAUAUAUCUUUCCUACGUAUAUGCCGACUGACCGCUGGGUGCAACCGGAUGUAAAGGACUAACAUACUCGUGCAUGUUUAUGGUUGCCUUAUUUGUAAAUUUGAUUGGUUACCUCAGUAUAAAGAUAGAUUUUCAUUGGAUUAUUUACAGUUAACUUUGUGUAUGUUUUUAUGAUGUAUGUUUUUUUUUUUUUUUAACAGAUUACAUAUUUUCAUGAUAAAUUCUGUUGAAAAUAUUGAUGAUUUGACUUCUGAUCCUCACUUUGAUGUGCUGGACUGUUUUGUCACACUCUCUUUUUUUUUCUUUGUGUUUAAGCUUUUCUUGUAAGGAAUUUAGUGCUGUUUUGAGCUGCGCCUUGAAUUUAACAUGUAAAGUUUAAGUGUGAAGCAGUGAAAGUUCAGUUUCUUGGAGAACAGGUGAUAUAUUUGCAUGUUGUUACAUGUUCUUAUUACUCUCUGACUCUCUGGAAUAAAUUAAGUAGAUCAAUUUUGAUUAUUGUGUUUAUCAAUGGUACUAUCAUUGAUUUUAUGUUACCCUAAAAUAAAGUGAACUGAGCCCUUUUCAA